AUGAAUUUACCAUACAAGGGAAUUUUUAGUAANUAAAGAUUUGCAAAAUUGAGAGAAUAUUUAUUGCCACAAGCUCGUUUGAUUGUAGAAUUUAAAAAGUAUAAUUAUUUAUUGAUUUAGAUUAAAACGCUUAGAACUAUCUUCAAAAAAUAUUAUUUAUAAAAUUAGUGAUAAAGACAGACAAGAUACUGAACAAUAAUUAUCCGCAGACAUCUUUAGUGUCAAUAAUCUUAUACAUUUAAAUAUUUUAUAAUAAAGUCAAAUCAAAAAAAAUGAGUUCUCAUUUCCCAAUACCAAAAUAGAAUAGCAAUCAUUUGCAAUUUAGUCUCCAAGAGAUGAUUUGAAAUAAAUCUAAAGCCCUGAUAACGUAGAAUAAAAUUCUGGGCGAAAGGUUGUUUGA